AUGAAACAGCAAUUUCAGCCGCACACGCCGCUGCUCGCGCGGUCCGACGGGCGCACUCUCCCCAGCUCGGGCUCUUCAGACGAGGAGCGGACGCCGCCGCGACGGCCAUUGCCGCAGCGCAGAGCCGCAUGGAGCUUGGCCGCUCUUCGCGGGCUACUACUAGGCGGAACCAGCGGCGGCGGCGGACAGUGGACCGAUUCCCGUAUAGCGGCGCCACUCACGGCGGCGAUCACGGCGCUCUCGGCGCCACUCGCGGCGCUAGCGGCGCCAGUGACGGGGCCGCUGGUUGACAGGGUUCCAGGCGACGGCCCGGCGAGUGCAAACGAGGGGGCAGCAGCGCAAUUAGUGGUAGGGUCUGCGGAGGCGGCGGCAACGGAAGCUCUGACUCGCCUAGCAGGAUCGCGCGACGUCGCGCACGACUGGACGACUCGCACGGCCGGUCGGCAGGCGUCGCACGGCGACGACGACGUGCUAGAACGAGACGACCCGGAGAUUGUCGCUGCCGCGCUGUCGCACGCGUCAGUGCGCGCAGCGGAUUCCGAUGGACUUGCGGAGGAGGCGGCGGAAGAGCAGAGGGCGGCGGAGGAGGAGGCGGAAGAUUACAUGGUGGCGGAGGAGGAGGCGCGGCAGGGAGCGGCGGAAGUGCUGUCGGAAGCGGCAGUGGCAGAGGAGGGGGGAGCGGGGGAAGGGGAAGCUUGGGAGGCGGAAAAUGAAGCUUGGCCAACGGAACCCUUUCCUGAAGGGGCGGUGAGUAGCGGCGGCGGAAGAAGUGGUAACGCGGAGGCAUUGGCGGCGGCCGGGGAAGAAUCUGCACAGACUGAGGCAGCGAAGGGUGCGGAAGAUCAAGCACGGAAGGGUGCGCGGAGCAGCGUGGGCGCAUCAGGGUGGGCGGCGCAGGACUUUCUGCGGGGAACUUCCGCAGCUGCUGCGGCUACAGGAGGGGGGCGCGCAGAAGGAAAAUACGCGGAGUUGGGAACAUGGGAAGGAGUUGGGGCAGCUGCAAAGGACGUCCAGUGGGAGGGGGAGGAGAUUUUGGGCAGUAAGACGAGGGGAAGGGCGGGAAAAUACGCUAGCGGAAGGUACGGCGGAAGCAGUAGCAGCGGCGACAGCAGCAGCAGCAGCAGCGGCAGCGGCGGCGGCGGCGGAGGCGGCGGGUUCGAGAGCGCGCUGCCGCGCAAGGCGCGGUUGGUGCUGCAGCGCAUGCGGGCGGCGGGGCUGCCCGUUCCGCGCGACCCGUGGAUGUGCGCGGAUAGAGCGGCGGACGUAGAGGGGUACACGCGACCCACGGAGCGGCUGCGAGGCAGUCUGCUAUACCGCGGCAGCACCAUAGGCACGGGCGACUGUGUGAUGCCGGUGCCAUCACACAUCCUCUCUUGCCCUCCCUCCCUUCCUUCCACCCUCUCCCCUUCCCCCAGGCGGCUGCGCGGCAGUCUGCUAUACCGCGGCAGCACCAUAGGCACGGACGACUGUCAGCUCUUCCUCGCUGCUGCCACCACGCCCUCUCCUUUCAACCACACCUUCGCCACCCUCCCACCACUCUCCCCGCUCUCCGCUCUCUCCCCCCUAUCCCCCCUCGCCACUCUCUCAACCCCCUCCCCUUUCGACCCGCUCCCUUUCCUCCCUUCCUCCAAUUUCUCCUCAUCCUCCUCCUCCUCCCCACUCUCCUCCGCCUCCCCCUCCGCCUCCCGCCCAACUCCGAAACUCGCCUUUCUCUUCCUCUCCCGCGGCCCGCUCCCCCUGGCGCGCCUGUGGGCGCGCUUCUUCCGCGGAUACGAGCGCCACUACUCCGCGUACCUGCACCCCGCGCCCGGAUACAGGGUCCCGCGGGGGUUGCGCCGCGCGCUCAACCUCACCGUGGUGCCCAGCAAGCCCGCGUUCUGGGGGACGCUCAGCAUCGUCGAAGCGAUUAAGCGCCUGCUAGCCAACGCCCUUCUCGACCCGCACAACGUGCGCUUCAUCAUCCUGAGCGAGCGGGACAUCCCACUCUACCCCUUCCCAGUCAUCCACCGCUACCUGCUCUCCUCCUCCCUCAGCUUCUCCGGCGGCCAUCCCAAGCACUUCCGCAACACGCUCGUCGCAAGGCGCGUCUUCCCGCCCGGUCUUGUGCAGUCGGGAUGGGUGCACGGGGAGUGCUGGCUCGAGAUGGCUCGCCCGCAUGCGUGGGCAGUGGUGAGCGAGUGGAGGUGGCACGAGAUGGGCCUGCAAUACUGCAAAGCCAUCUUCCAACCCACGUGCUGCGUUGACGAGAAUCUUAUGCAGACCCUCCUCACUCUGGCCUUCCCUCACCAAGUGGCUAAUCGCACAGUCAUGAGCGUGUUCUGGAAGCAAGCAACCGCGCACCCACACACGUACCUGCGACAGGACAUAACUGCUGAGACGAUUGGGGGGAUCAAGGAGGAGAGGGAGUAUAGAUGGGGGGGAGGGAAAGGGUCCUGGGGUAUUGAUGGGAAACGGGCUGCUGCCACCGCACUGGCUGGCACGCCGUGGGGUUAA